AUGUUUAAUAGAAAAGCAGCUCGUUUUGUAUACGUAGCGAUCUUUUUCGUGGCCAUUUAUUUUUUGGCCGUUGGUCCUUGGCGAGAAACAGCAAACUCAUUACGGCUGUCGUAUUCUCUGGGGAAUAAAGAGCAAGUUGUUGAAAAUCCCACCAGUGACGGUGGUAAUGUCAUUACGGACCAUAAUAUCCCUGCUGAACAGGCGCUAACUGAAAAUCCACCAACUGACAAGGAUUCUGAGCACUUGGCCGCUGAAAGGUUAGCGGCCGACAAACUAGCUGCCGAGAAGCUUGCUGCUGAAUCAACCACUAAAUCUGCUGCUAAGCAAGUUCAAACAGCUGUUAGUGGCAGUGGCAGUGAUAGUGCUAAUAACAAUGUGGCAUCUUCUCCAUUGACAUCGACUGAAGACGACAAGGCUCGUUAUGAACACAUUCACUCGUUGUUGCCCAUAUUUGAAAAGUACCGUCCUAAGAUGGAACCUCUUCAUAAAUACAAGGAUGACAAGGAAGCUCCUAAGAAAGCGUUCACCGAUACUAUACCUGUAUUCACAAAGGAAGAACUUGCUGACUAUCUCCAGGUUUCGAAAGAAGACAAGGACAUUUUGACCAAAUCGCAUCGUGACACUGUGGAACAUCUUCCAUCCAACUAUCCCAAGGGUCUUUUUAAAGGACAAGGUGUUGUGUUCACCUCUGGAGGCAAAUACUUGCCAAUUAUGGUGACAACUUUAAGAAUGCUGCGUCGUGUAUCACCAGUUAUACCUGUAGAAGUUUUCCUAGCAGACAAGGAAGAGUACGAACCUGAAAUCUGCGAGAAGCUUAUGCCCAUGCUAGGAGCAAGAUGUGUUGUCUUGGAGGAUGUCUACGGCAAGGAGUUUUUCAAAUCGUUUGAUAUCCAUUCAUACCAAUUGAAAGCUCUGUCUAUUUGGGCAUCGUCGUUCGAAGACGUCAUUUUCAUUGAUUCUGAUAAUGUACCUAUUCGCAAUGUGGAAGCAUCACUUCAGCAAGAACCUUAUUUGAGCACAGGUUACAUUGUCUGGCCCGAUUAUUGGUUCAGAACUACCUCGACGCAUUAUUACGAUAUUGCUGAUAUUGUAUUGGGUGAACGAGUGCGAGGUGACUUGUCGGUCACUGAUCCUAAGUUGAUCCCUCAAGCUGAUCUUAAGAAUGCACUUCCAGAUAAGAGUUCUGAAUCCGGACAAUUGAUGAUCUCCAAGUCCAAGCACUAUAAGAGUCUUCUUCUCACUGUCUACUACAAUCUCAAUGGCUUUACUGCCUACUACAAACUUUUCACCCAAGGUAGUGGUGGUGAAGGUGAUAAGGAAACAUUUUUGGCAGCAGCACUGGCGCUGGGCGAGCCUGUUUACCAGAUCCUUACCGACACAAGACCCACUGGAAGAUUUGAUCCAGAGGGUUUUGAAGGUGCAGGAAUGCUUCAGAUAGAUCCUUAUGAGGACUACAAAAAGCAUGUUCUCAAGACUAGUCCAAAAGAUGUUCAUGGUCGAAUUCUUUUUGUGCACUUUAACAUGUUCAAACUAAACAUCAGACUGUUAUUUUCAGACAAAGAGAAAGAAAAGUUCUCUUCUGACGACAAACGAGUGCGAUAUUGCGGAAAGCCCUCGGACAACACCGAAUGGUUUGACUAUCAAGACAUUGAGUUUUAUAUGUGGCGAGAAGUGUUAUGGACAGCAUGUGAAAUGCCAAAACUUGGCAUCAACUUCAAGGACUGGAAGGAUGUCGACAUGACCGAAAUGUGCAACAAAACCACCGCCCACUUCAAGUGGCUCGAGAAAACCCAUAACUCGUAG